AUGAAAACCAUUCACGGGGGCAGUCAACCAUAUCCGCAAAUCACUCAUGCGUAUCCGCCGCCGCCGCCGGGCCCACCACCACCGCCGCCGCUGCAGGAGGUACAGUUGUUGCCUCCAUCGCAUGGAUUACAGUCACCGCCGCCGUCGCCGCCGCAGCCGCCACCGCCGCCCUCGCCACCGCCACCGCCACCGCCGCCGCCGCUGCAGCAGCAGCAUCGGGACUUUGUUUUUAAACAUCCCUUCACAGCUAACGUGUCUGGUCCUACUUCCUCUGGGAAAACGUACUUUGUCAAAACUAUGCUUCAAAAUUGUUUGACAAAAAUAACACCAGCUCCUCAAAGAAUCAUAUGGCUCUACAAACGAUGGCAACCUCUAUAUGACAUCAUCAAAGCAUCUGUAUACCCAUCAGUUGAAUUUAUACAGGGGAUACCCCUCGACCUAGAUCAAGAUUCUUUCAUUAAUCCGAGUGUUAGAAACCUUGUCAUACUGGACGACCUAAUGUCCAUAGCAUCUAAGGAUCCACGGGUCAACGAGUUGUUUACGGAGGGAAGCCACCACAGAAACCUAUCCGUCAUCGCCCUUAAUCAAAAUCUUUAUUAUAAUAGGGAUCCUACUCAAAGACGAAAUUGUCACUAUUUAGUGAUGUUUAAUAACCCCGUGGAUAAGCAGCAAAUCAUGACGUUGGCCCGGCAAAUGUAUCCAGAGAAUACAAAGCACUUAAUGAGACAAUUCAAAGAAGCUACAGACAAACCAUACGGUUAUUUACUGGUGGAUCUGAAACCCACUACCCCUGAAUCUCUACGUCUGCGCCGUAAUGUUUUCUCGGACGAGCCUAUAAAAGGACCCAUGAAUAUUACUUCGAUUCAUUCUGAGGAUAACACUCCUACCGUGCAGACGUAUUCAGGAGUCUCUGAAGAAGACAAGUAUUUAACUUCUGUAGUAGAAGAGCCACAUAUCAAUAUGAUCAGCUGUGAAGAUUGUGGUGUUGUCUUCGAAAACUUGCAUGAUCUCCAGAAACACAUUAAGAAUUGGUGUCCCGAUCAAUCUCCAUUGAAGAGGAAAAUGUCUGAGGAAGAUUCUUUACCUGACAAAAAGAUGAAAUUCGAGAGAAUGAUCUCGGAAGACAGCGACACGUCGAUUGAGUCAUAUGAUGACUAUGAAGAUGACGUAUUUAUGCAGUUUGCAGAAAUAGCCAGAGAGAAAAACGAAGAACAAUGGCAAAAGAAAUUAGAGAAGUAUGAGAAUCAAGGAAUCUCACAUUCCGAGGCUAAAUCGAAGGCUGACAUGAAACUCAAGGACGAGGACCUUAAAGAAUUCCUAGGAUACUAUGGAAAACUGAUAUCCUAUUUAUUGCAGUUAAGACACGGGAGAUUACACGGGGAGGUUAUAGAAUCCAUUGAAAACUACAUGGCUGAGGGUAUGGAUAGUGAGAAGGCCAUUCGAGUAACUCUCAGGCAAUUGCAACAUCGAUUUGAAGACUAUUUGGAUUCCGUCAAAGACACUGAUGACGAGGAGAGUGUUAAUACUGAUUCCGAGGGGUCGGAUAAUGAGGAUGAUUAUGAAAUGGAUGAAGACGAUGGUGAAGCUGAGGAUUAGAUUAAAUUUUCAGCCCGAAAGUUUUGAUUGAGUUAAUUUUAUAUUCAAAAUUAUGAUUGUAAAUAAUUAAGAACACUUGUAAAUAGUUC